GGAAGGACCCGAUGGCGAACAGCAGCGAGCUGGGGAGCAGCAGCAGCCCGCACCUGCCCAGCGCCGGCGGCCUGCUGAGCGCCUCCGGGCUGAAGCUCGCCACGCUGGGGCUGAUCCUCUGCGUCAGCCUGGCCGGCAACGUGCUCUUCGCCUGGCUCAUCCUCAAGGACCGGCACCUGCACCGCGCGCCCUACUACCUGCUGCUGGACCUCUGCCUGGCCGACGGGCUCCGCUCGCUCGCCUGCUUCCCCUUCGUCAUGCUGUCGGUGCGCAGCGGGGCCGCCUGGCCCCACGGGCCCCUCAGCUGCAAGGUGCUGGCCUUCCUGGCCGUGCUCUUCUGCUUCCACGCCGCCUUCCUGCUCUUCUGCGUGGGGGUCACACGCUACAUGGCCAUCGCCCACCACCGCUUCUACGCCAAGCGCAUGACGGGCUGGACCUGCCUGGCUGUGGUGUGCAUGGUGUGGACCCUCUCCAUGGCCAUGGCCUUUCCCCCCGUCUUUGACGUGGGUACCUACAAGUUCAUCCGGGAGGAGGAACAGUGCAUCUUCGAGCACCGCUACGUCAAGGCCAAUGACACGCUGGGCUUCAUGCUCAUGUUGGCGGCCGUCAUCGCCGCCACCCACCUGGUCUACAUCAAGCUGCUCUUCUUCAUCCACGGCCACCGCAAGAUGAAGCCGGCCCAGCUGGUACCGGCCAUCAGCCAGAACUGGACCUUCCACGGGCCAGGAGCCACUGGCCAAGCGGCUGCGAACUGGACGGCUGGCUUUGGCAGGGGGCCCACGCCGCCCACCCUCGUGGGCAUAAGGCAGGCCACCCACAGCCAGAUCAAGAGGCUGCUGGUGCUGGAGGAGUUUAAGAUGGAGAAAAGGCUCUGCAAGAUGUUCUACAUGAUCACCUUGCUCUUCCUGCUGCUCUGGUCCCCCUACAUUGUGGCCUGCUACCUGCGGGUCUUCAUUAAGGCCAGCUCCAUCCCCCAGGUGUACCUGACCACCUCCGUCUGGAUGACGUUUGCCCAGGCAGGGGUCAACCCGAUCCUCUGCUUCAUCUUCAACAAGGAGCUCAGGGUCUGUCUCCGAGCCCACUUCCCAUGCUGCCAAAGCAUCCAGAGCACCCAGGGCACCAUCCUUUGCGAUCUCAAGAGCUUUGGGAUGUAGGGGGGCUUUUCUCUUUCUAAAAAAGAAAGAUGGAUAUAAAUUUCCAUGUUUCUGCAUAUGAGCUCAAGAGAGUGUGACCUGUGGGGGACAUACUAAACCAACACCCAGCACCCAAACCUUAGGCUGUAAGAAGCUAUUUUAUUUAUUUUUCUAUAUUUUGCGUAUGCUCUCUUCAGAACAUAACAGGUUGCUGUCUAUGGGAACAGGUACUUGAGCAGAACACCCCCAAACCUUAGGCAGUAAGAAGCUGGUUUUUUUCUUUGUGAUUGUGUGGUUUUUAAAAACAAAACAGGGCUCCGAGUUUCUGGUCUUGCUUCUAACGUUUCUAAACAUGAUUCCAACAGAUACGGAUUAAGGCCAUGACAUUUUUUUUGUUUCCCUAUUCCUGUCUGUUUUGAUAAAGGCUUAACAAUUUUACUCAUGUAAUAUUUGAUAAGGGCCAAGACAAUUUUAUACUAAAGUUAUUUUUGAUGACCUCAAGAGGUGUUGUUUUAUUAUUAUUAUUUGAUUUUAAGUGAAGAACAUGAAGAGGACGUUCCUAGUGUGGUCAGAAGUCAGUUUUGGUGGGAGCUGUUGGGUUCAUUCAUUCUCAAAUGGUUUGAGUAUUUGAAGCCGUUAGUUAUAACUUUUGCUUGACAUGCAAACAGUGUAGAACUAAUUUCAAUUUUUCUUGUUGCACUAUUCAUUUGGUAAUAUUUCAGAACUAUUUGUGAAACGUGAUUUUAAAAUACCAACUUUAAAAAUAAGCAACUAUAGCAGUUUUUAAAACCUAGAUUGAAAUUCAUAUUUUACUGCCUUUAUAGGAAGUUAUCUACAAACCUGGGUAAUACUUGUACAUUUUGACUGUUUUCUUUAAUAAAAUAUUGAAAACCUUUA